AUACAUGUAGUAUGUGCAAUAAAUAAAUGUAAUAUGUGCAUAUGUGCAGUCUAUAAAGUGGUAUAUAGGAUGUGUAUAUUGGGGCUGAUACUUGGUCAAAGUUACUAUUAGUGAUAAUAUCCCUAAAUGGCCAAAUUAUAGAGUUUUUCAUUAUAUUUUAUCUCCAAAAUAAUGACAAAAACUAGGAAAUACAGCUAAUAAAAGUUGCAAAAAAACAAAUGAUUUGUAUUCACUUAUUAAACAUGAACACAAACAGGUUGAUUGUUUUGGAACAAAACACUAAAUGUGCUAUAUAGUUUCUACUCUGUCGUGAAACAUCUUGUCCUCUGUGUUAAAAACUUUCCUCUCCACUACACGCAGCGCACCUUCUGACACCAGUGAUGGAUAGAAAGAAAAAAACUCACCACUGACUUGUUUGUUUAGUGCUUCAAGUGGCACGCGUCCGGCGCGCGCAACGCACCGGCACCGGAGCACGAGCCCAAGGUGAACCCACGCGACCAGGAGGGCGUGGCCAGUCCAGCAUCCAGCAGUGUUGAAAAGCAGUGGCGUCUGUCCUCGAGCACUCAGAGCAGCUUUGAGGAGCGCGCGAGGCAGCAGCUGCAGCGCACUGAAACCAAGUGCACGUGAACGGCACGAGCCUAGAGACUUGGUGAUUCUUUAUACUUUUUUUUUUGUAUUUUUUUUUUUUUAACUGAGUAUGGACUUCUUCUUCUUUGUUUUUUGCUUUGAUUUUUAAUGUUGAGGUUGUUUUCUCUCAUCUACUUAAAAGUUGGUUUAUAGAUAAUUACAAAACAGUGGAUUGCAUAUAUGAAAACAGCCUUGAAAUAAAAAAAAGUAUUAAAAAAAAGAGAAUGGACUUCACAGCCACGAUGGAGAUUAACAUGAGCCAGCAGCAGCUGAUGCCUCCAGCUUGUUUCUUCUCCACUGCUGCUCAGAGCAUCCAGCUGAGUCCGAGCGGCAGCAGUCAGAGCGGCAGCAGCGGCAAGUCCGUGUCCAAGCAGCCGAACAAACACCGCUCCACUUCGCCGGAGCUGCUGCGCUGCAAACGUCGCCUGAACUUCGCCGGUUUCGGCUACAGUCUGCCACCGCAGCAGCCGCACGCGGUGGCGCGGCGGAACGAGAGGGAGCGCAACCGGGUGAAGCUGGUGAACAACGGCUUCGCCAACCUGCGCGAACACGUCCCCAACGGAGCCGCCAACAAGAAGAUGAGCAAAGUGGAGACGCUGCGCUCCGCGGUGGAGUACAUCCGCGCUCUGCAGCAGCUGCUGGACGAACACGACGCGGUGAGCGCGGCGUUCCAGAGCGGCGUGCUGUCGCCCAGCAUGUCGCAGGGAUACUCUGCUGAGAUGAACUCCAUGGCCGGUUCACCGGUGUCUUCAUACUCAUCAGAGGAGGGCUCCUACGACCCGCUCAGUCCAGAGGAGCAGGAGCUGCUGGACUUCACCAACUGGUUCUGAAGCAUCCAUAUAUAAGAAAUAUGGAUCCACUUUACUGUUGAAGUGCGCUUGGGAUGGUCCCAGAGGAGGCUGGCUGUCCUCAAGAACAAUACGCACUGGAUACGCGUUCUGGUCCUGCGUCCAAGUCCUCCAAGACUGACAGAAAGACAGACACGGCCUUAAAACGUGCCCAAAAACUUGUGGGGGAAAUCAGGCCGGAGAUCAGCGCCAAAGGAUUAAAGGAAGACGGGUCUCCUGACAGCGUGGGAAUCCAAGCUUCUGAGCAUUUUGCCCAUGAUAAACAAAAAACACCCUAAAGUGAAUUCACGCUCUUCAGCAGCACAUUAAAAACAUUAUUUAAUACUAUGCUAAACCCAAUCACAGAACACCAACCCUUUGGUAAAAACCUCUCAGACGGUUCCAUUCAGAAAAAUGCUUCCAAGUCUAUAAAAUUCUAUAUCAAACGCUUUUUUAAAAAACAUAUAUUAAGAUAUUUUUGUAUGUAAGAGAUUUAUAGAUGUUUUUGUACACAUCCUUUUGUAUAUAUUUUGUCUAUAUAUUGCGAAGUUGCUUCUAUACCUCCUGCCUAUGUAGACGUGUAGUCUAUUGCUCUUCUGUUCAUGAGGUUCCCAGAAGGAGUUUGACACUCCAACGUUUUAUUCUAGCACCGAUGUGUCUUAUUUAAUAGCAUGUUAUUGCAUUAUGUCAUGAAGUUCACGAUGAUCAAAACUUAUGCAGCUAUUGUCCAAACGGAGCGCGAUGGCCACGCAUUGUCUCUUUAUACUGCCAGCUCUAUAUUGUCUUCACAUAAACAGAAAAAAAAGAAGUCUUAUAACCAUAUUUUCUACACUCUAGUACAAGAAUAAAAAUGAUUUGCUACUGAA